AGGGGGCCGCGUCGGCCCGUGCGCCGCCGCACGACGCGAGCUAUCGAAAAAGAGGGGAAAAAGCAUCUAAAAAAGGAGAGGAAAAGGCGAGGAGCGAGGCUGGCGGGCGCCGCAGGCCCGGAGGCCCGGGGCGGGCCCGUCCUCCUCGCCGAAGGGGGGCCGGGCAGGACCGGCCCGGGGCGGCGGGGUCCCCGGCCAUGUGGGGCGAGGCCGGGGCCGUGAGCCGGCGGGGCCGGCGAUGGGCCGGGCCCGCCGCCGCCAAGAGGGCCGCCUGCCUGCUGGCCGCAGCCUACGCCCUCAAGACCCUCUACCCCCUCGUGGGGCGGCGGCUGAGGAGGGGGCCCCGGGCCGGGAGCCCCGCCCUGCCCGAGGACUUCGUCCGCCAGCUGCUCCACCUGCGGGGCAUCCUCUUGCCCGGCCUGGCCACCCCCGAGUCCGGCUGGCUGGGCCUCCACUCGGUGGCCCUGGUGUCCAGGACCUUCCUGUCCAUCUACGUGGCCGGGCUGGACGGGAAGAUCGUCAAGAGCAUCGUGGAGAAGAGACCCCGCGCCUUCGCCGUGCAGCUGGUCAAGUGGCUGACGGUGGCCCUCCCGGCCACCUUCGUCAACAGCGCCAUCCGCUACCUGGAGGGCCGGCUGGCCCUGGCCUUCCGCACCCGCCUGGUGGACCGCGCCUACGAGACCUACUUCGCCGGCCAGACCUACUACAAGGUCGUCAACAUGGACGGGAGGCUGGCCAACCCCGACCAGUCCCUCACCGAGGACAUCGCCACCUUCGCCCGCUCGGUGGCCCACCUCUACUCCAACCUGACCAAGCCCAUCUUGGACGUGGGGCUGACCUCGUACACCCUCAUCCGGACGGCCACGUCCAGGGGGGCCAGUCCCGUCGGACCCACCCUCCUGGCGGGGCUCGUCGUCUAUGCCACGGCCAGGGUGCUCAAGGCCUGCUCGCCCAAAUUCGGCCAGCUGGUGUCCGAAGAGGCCCACAGGCGAGGCUACCUGCGCUACGUGCACUCCCGGAUCAUCGCCAACGUGGAAGAGAUCGCCUUUUACCGGGGACACAAGGUAGAAAUGAAGCAACUGCAAAAAAGUUACAGAGCUUUGACAGAGCAAAUGAAUCUCAUUUUAUCGAAGCGUUUGUGGUAUAUCAUGCUAGAGCAAUUCUUGAUGAAGUACGUGUGGAGUAGCAGUGGACUGAUCAUGGUGGCCAUUCCUAUCAUCACUGCAACUGGUUUUGCAGAUGGCGAUGUAGAAGAUGGACAGAAACAAGCAAUGGUUAGUGAGCGGACAGAAGCCUUUACUACUGCAAGGAAUUUGUUGGCCUCUGGAGCAGACGCCAUUGAAAGAAUUAUGUCUUCAUAUAAAGAGAUCACUGAAUUGGCUGGCUAUACUGCUCGAGUGUACAAUAUGUUUUCGGUCUUUGAUGAAGUGAAAAGGGAUAUUUAUAAGAGAUCUGCUAUUGUUCAAGAGCCUGAAAACCAUAGCAAGAAUGAAGAUAAAACUGAACUUCUCUUCACUGACACCUUAGAAAUCAAGGGAAAGGUUAUUGAUGUGGAUCACGGAAUUAUUUGUGAAAAUGUUCCUAUUAUUACCCCAACUGGAGAAGUGGUGGCUUCCCGGCUAAACUUCAAAGUCCAAGAGGGGAUGCAUCUUCUAAUAACCGGACCCAAUGGUUGUGGAAAAAGCUCUCUCUUCCGAAUUUUAAGCGGUCUGUGGCCUGUGUAUGAAGGAGUCCUCUAUAAACCUCCUCCCCAGCACAUGUUCUAUAUUCCACAAAGGCCGUAUAUGUCCAUUGGAACACUGCGGGAUCAAGUCAUUUAUCCCGAUUCGGUAGAUGACAUGCAUGAAAAAGGAUAUAAUGACCAAGAUCUUGAAAUUAUCCUCCAUGAUGUCCAUCUCUAUCACAUAGUCCAAAGGGAAGGAGGAUGGGAUGCCAUUAUGGAUUGGAAGGACGUCCUGUCAGGAGGAGAAAAGCAGAGGAUGGGCAUGGCUCGCAUGUUCUAUCACAAACCUAAAUAUGCGCUGCUGGAUGAAUGCACCAGUGCCGUCAGUAUCGACGUUGAAGGAAAAAUCUUUCAAGCUGCAAAAAGUGUCGGGAUAUCCUUGCUGUCAAUAACACAUAGGCCUUCUCUUUGGAAGUACCACACUCAUCUGUUGCAAUUCGAUGGAGAAGGAGGUUGGCGUUUCGAACAACUGGAUACAGCCAUCCGCUUAACGCUGAGUGAAGAAAAACAAAGACUAGAAUCUCAGCUGGCAGGAAUUCCUAAAAUGCAGCAGAGACUGAAUGAACUGUGCAAAAUUUUGGGAGAAGACUCGGUCCUGAAAACGACUAAGACGGAGGAUACUUCUUAAUUUGUGUUGUUAUGUUUUUCAAAUUACUUUUAGUUUAAAUCGACGAGUUCAGGCACCAUAUAACAUCGCAUGCAUUGUGCACAGAGAAACAGUGAGCAAAAAAAAAAAAAUGUUUUACCAAAUUUUAGUAUCCAGGAAGAGUAUGGUUGGGACUUUGGAAAGAAAGUAAACAAAUGCACUGUGCAAUCAUUAGUCACUAUGGCUUAUCCUAAUUCAUAGUGAAAGCCCAAUUCACCUGUUUAACUCGAUUUUCUAGGUAAAUUCACACUGAGUACCAGAUUUACCAAGUGUACCCGAUAUGCCUGUUGAACUAAGCAAACUUGGCACAUAUUUCAGGCACAGAGCAACACAAGGGCAGAGUGUUGGUGAGUAUGCAAAAACAUGAAACAGGAAAUUUGGACCUUAUUUCAGUCAUUUACCAUGUUUAUAUGCUAUCGAAUGAUUGCAUCUCAUGUAUCUGAUGUGCAUGUCUUAUUUAUUCCUGUACCCACACAUAUGAUUUCUCUAUCGUUUACAGGAUCUUAUCGUUUUCAGCCAUAAUGAACAGGGGUUAUUGCUGUGUCCAGCUAGAUUUUCCCAGAAAAGACAACCGUCAUUGAUUAUAAAGAAAGAGGGCCAAAUUUAACCCUAUUUGUUCUUUCCAACCAUUUACCGAGGUGGAGGAAGGUGAAGGGAGGAGGCAUAUCUGCACGAUUAGUUGCCCGUGCCGGGUAAUUUGACGGAUCUCAUGUCUUUGAUGCAUGUGUGCCAGGAAUUCAUCCUAAUGGGAAUUUCGCAUGCGUAUUAAUAAGCCCUUUCAUUUAGAGAACCGUCGGCCAAAAGAGUGACAAACCAAUCGAAAUAUGCGCCUCACCCAAUGACUUUACUUGGCAGCAGCAUAGAAGUGGACCAAAGGAAUUCUUGUCCAGAAAUCCACAGCUUAUUCCCUCCGGAAGAAGAAGCCUUUCUUGAGAGAACGCUGUGGUCUCCUCAGAGGAAACAAGGAUUUUCAAAUUGCUUAAAGGAAGCAAGCAGGGAUUUGGUGAUUAUGCCUCCAAAUCUAACCGGGGAGGAAUUCCAAAAAAAAACCAAAAGACCAGUUGAUGGGAACGUGAAUAACAAAACCAAAAUGUA